ACCUCUUCACACUCUUUGCCUCAUCACACCAGAACACUAUUUUCUCUCCUCUCUAUCCUUCUCAAACUCUCUUCAUCCCCUAUUAUAAUAUUUUCUUCAACUUCUUUAUUUCAACUACUGCAAUAUAUUAUCCAUUUAAAUCCAAACUCUUGGGAUCAGUAAACAUAAAAAAUUCAUUUUCAUUUGUUUAGUUUAACAGAUUAACAAUGAAAGGAGAGUACGUAGAUCAACAUUCAAAGCUUCACCAGUCACAUACACAGUCACAGUCACAAAACAAUCCAUUUCUUCCUUUCCAGCUCUCUCAUCAUGAAUGUCAAACAGUCGGCGAAGACGAUAACCGCUCCGGCGGUGGCGCAACCGCUCAGAAACCGAACUCUUCUGGCGACGGAGCUACCAUUGAGGUUGUCAGGCGGCCGAGAGGACGUCCGCCUGGAUCUAAAAACAGGCCUAAACCGCCUGUUAUCAUAACACGCGAUCCUGAGCCUGCUAUGAGUCCUUUUAUUCUAGAAGUUUCUGCAGGAAACGACGUCGUGCAAGCGGUUGCUGAGUUUAGUCAUCGGAGAAAUAUUGGCUUGUGUGUACUAACUGGUUCAGGAGCUGUUGCUAAUGUUACUCUUCGUCAACCGUCAACUACGCCGGGAACCACCGUUACUUUUCACGGCCGGUUUGAUAUUCUAUCCUUAACCGCUACUUUUCUUCCGCAAUCAUCAUCAGGUGGCUCUUCUCCAUCUCUUCCUAGUGGUUUCUCCAUCUCACUCGCUGGUCCGCAGGGACAGAUCGUCGGAGGAAUUGUUGCUGGAAACUUGAUAGCUGCGGGAACGGUGUUUGUUAUUGCUGCUUCGUUUAAUAAUCCGUCGUAUCACAGGUUACCUCCGGAGGAAGAAGGAGGAAACUCGGUGUCAGGCGGUGACGGAAUUUCUCCACCUGUUUCCGGUGCGGUGGAUAGCGGUCAAGGUCAAGGCGGUGCUGAGUCGUGCGGGAUGUCUAUGUACAGCUGUCAUUUACCACCGUCGGAUGUGAUUUGGGCUCCUUCAGCAAGACCACCACCUUACUGAGAAUUGAAUCACAUUUUCAUUUCUUGUUGCAAAAUCAUGCUUCUCUAUUUCUACAUGCUGUUUGUUCUAUUAUUGUUAUUUCUGUUUAAUUAUUAUUAUUAUAAUUAGGUUUAACGAUACUAGUUUAGCGUAGUUAUGUAGCUAGCUAGGUUGGUUUAUUUUCAGUGAUAUCAUCAUUUCAUUUCAAUACUUAAGUAACUAGUGUUAGUUGUUUUGUUCAUUCUCAAUUCUCAUCAUGUACUAUUACUUUUGAGUUUAUAUUCUCCAUUAAUUAUUUUUGAGGAAGAAAAGGAAAAUGAGAAAUGGGGAAAUGGUAGUUAUGCUUUCUAUGUCAAGAUUUAGAAUAGGCCUUUAUUUGUAUUUUUAUGAAGAUGAUGAAUUGGUUUUGAAGAAAGAUGAUGAAGUGUGGGAAUAUGCGUAGAGUGUGCAGUAGUGCUAGCUAGUAUCUGUACAUGUGAUAGGUCUGGCCUGUGAGUGUCAUUGGAUGACGAUAACAAAAGCUGAUGCAGGCUGUGUGGCUAUAUGAGAUAUAGACUGCCGCUAUGACCUGAAAUUUCUAUUUUCAAAGUACGUUGGGUUGGGUUUCUUCUUGAUUUGUAUAAAGUGAAGAACGUGGCUAGCUAGGGUUGUGAUAGUGCAUGCAGUAUCUUUUCAGUGAGGAAGAGAUCUAUCAAAGACCAAACUUAUUUAUUUCGAUUCUCAUUUACUUUACUUUAUACUAUCUGAUCACCUGAUCUCUUUAUGUACUUGUUGUGUUUCUUUGUCAUCGACUCUUCUGAUUUGUUUGUAAUUAAAGAGAGGUAGAGAAACUCCAAAAAGAACUUUAUUAAUUAAUAGUGAAAAACUUGCACCCAUUCAAAUUUGUUUCUAGCUUUAGAAUCACCCCCAUCAUGUAUAAUAUUGGUCGGUGUGUAGUUGUAAUUUGCAGUGUUUUAAAAGUUAGUUUAUUAAAUUGGAGAUUGUAUUUAUAUUUGGAAAUGCAUAUGGUUAAUGUUA